CGGAGAACGAACAUCUGCGUUUUUAGUGACUUUUUCUGUUCGUUGAAAAACCACAUCCGGUCGUCUUUUAAUUUGAAAUCUGCAGCGGAAGUUCGACGGUGAAGUUCUCGGUGGACGGGAAGCGUCAGUGUCCUUCACUCGGGAUGGAGCCGAGCGAGCAUCCGGCCGAGCCGGACCCCGCAGCGACCCCGGUGAAGGUGGACGCGGCGGUGCUGCUGCUGGUGGCGGGGGUCACCGCCGCCAAGCACCCGCUGGUCUACGUUAGACUGCUAAUCCAGGUCGGUCAUGAACCUCUCCCUCCCACCGUGGGCACCAUGUUUGGAAGGAGGGUUCUGUACCUGCCCGGCUUCUUCUCCUACGCUCGGCACAUCGUGAGCGUGGAUGGGAAGAGGGGGCUGUUCCGAGGCGUCUCUCCUUGUGUCCUGUCCAGUCUCGUCUCCACGGUGGUCAGAGGCAAAACCAAACAGGUGAAGAAGGAGGAGCAGACCUCCCUGAGGAGCGUCCUCAAAGAGACCUCUCAUGAGAUGGUCGUCCAGUGCCUGUCCAGACUCGCCACUCACCCGUUUCAUGUCAUGUCCGUGCGCCUCAUGGCCCAGUUUGUUGGCAGAGAGGUCAAAUACAGCGGGAUCUUCAGCUGCGUGAUCCGGAUCUUUAAGGAGGAGGGCCUGUCUGGAUUCUACGUGGGUCUGCUGCCCCAUUUGCUGGGAGAAGUCCUCCUUCUGUGGUGCCGCAACCUGCUGGCUCACUUCAUCAACAGCUACGCUGUGGACGAGAACUUGGGUAUGGCCUCGGUGGUCAGGAGCUACACCAAGUUCGUGAUGGACAUCGGGGUCGGCCUUCUCAUGUAUCCGUUCAUGCUGGUCGCGGACGUGAUGGCCGUCAACAACUGUGGGCUGGCUGCUGGCCUUCCUCCGCGCUCUCCUGUCUUCAGAUCCUGGCUGCACUGCUGGAAUCAUCUGAGUCAGAAGGGUCACCUCUUCCGGGGGUCCAGCCUCUUCUUCCGUCAGGUGCCUGUGACCUCCAUGCAGGACUGACAUCCUGGCCUCCCACGGGAUGCUCCUCCACCCCCAACCCCUCCCAGAUGCAGCAACAUUCACGCGCGCCAAAGGAGUUGUGGUUCCGGGAGUCCAGGAGGAGGGGUUCAAGGGGGCUGUGGGCGGAGCUGCAGUGUGAAGGGGAGGGGCUUACAGGAAACAGCCAUGAUUUCUCUCAAAUUGUUGGAAUAGUUUGUCCCUUCAAACUGCUGUGUCUGUGCGUCUGUUCUGAAGACACGAGGGUUUGAUUCCCGUCUCCUGUUAACAUCAGCAAAAAAUGAUCUGAAGUUCUUAAUCAGUUAUUGAUUCAGUUAUUGAUCUGUUGAUGCUUCAGUAAUAAGGAGACUGGAACCAGUCAGUUUAGCUUUUAAUAUUCUAAUCUGCUGUUUUCUACUUUUUUUAAAUGGUUUUCAUACAGAGGAUUUAUUUUAUUUAUUUAUUCACAAUUUCAGUUGAAAAUGUUUUUAUGUAAGACAUCAUUUAAAAAACACGGUUUUAAACUGGAACCACAAAUUGCAGAAAGGUCAAAUGUAAACAAAUGUCAUUAUUUUAGGUUCUUCAGAGGUGAAAACAUGAGCUGAACCAACACUUUACAGAACCUUCUGAGGACAAAGCUGCAGGUGCGUGUCGGUUCCAGGUGGUUCACCCGUUAACGUGAGGCACCUGGACACCAGAGGAUCUGGGUUCUGCUGAGGACCAGGCUCAGAUUGGUUCUGUUUGACGGGACAAACCAGGCUCUCAAUCUGGUCUGUUGUGGCUGAGGCUCGGUCAGGCUGUCUGCCUCCAGAAUCCACUUCCUCCAGACCUGUUCAGCAGGUGAAUCUCCACAUUCAAAGACGUGAUCAGAGCUGUAGAAGUCCAUGUCAAUAAAGCAGCCAUGAAGCCAGACACGGUUGGACUCCAUCCUCUCUACUGAACAAUGAAGAGGACAGAAGAUCCUCACUGUGUGCAGCACACCCUCAUCGGGUCAGACGUCCAACUACAACCAACAGUUGAAGAACCUUUCUGGAGGAUUUCUUACAACAUCCCAGCAGGAGCCACAAAGUCUGAUUUCACCCUUUAGAAGACACCGAUUUGUAUUUAUGGCUUUGUUCCUAUCAUGGUAAAUACGGAUGUGUUUGUUUUAUCAAGCAUAAGCAAUACAGAAACGUAAAGAGAAAAUAGUCUUUACUUGACUUUCUUUCAAAAUAAAAGACUUCCUGUACAACAUAAAAUUGCCUCAGUACAGGUAAUGUAGUUAGGAGUGAAAUGUCAGCAGUGAUGACAAACACACACAAAACCACAUUUGUGGUCCAUCUCAACCAGAUAUUCAUAAAAUUCUAAAUAAAAAAUAAAUAAAACAAAAUCUAAUUAA